AAAAGGAAAAACAAAAUGCUAAAAUCCAGAAAAUAAAUUUAAAAAAAUCAGCAAUUCCCAAUCUUAAACAGAGUGCUAAAAUCAUUAAAAUCCCCUCGCCGCACAGUUCGCCGGAAUAUUCCUUCCCGUAGGUUCUCAUAUUCCCUUCUCACUCAAUUUGAAACCGGAAUCUAUUUCUCGAACUCAUUGCACAAUUGGAGGAAGAGAGAGAGAGAGAGAGUGAAUAAUUGUAUUAAGUAAGGGUUUUUGAAGGCGGUGUUGAAAAUUGAGAUGGAGAGUAUGGGAUCAGAGGCAGCUUUAGCGGGGAUGGAGGCGAGCAUGAAGGAGGAUCUUUCCAUGGAGAUCGAUCCGCCGUUCAAGGAGAGCCUCGCCACCGCCGAUGACUGGCGGAAGGCACUCAACAAGGUGGUUCCCGCCGUCGUGGUCCUCCGCACCACAGCCUGCCGCGCCUUCGACACCGAGUCCGCCGGUGCGUCCUACGCCACUGGAUUCGUCGUUGAUAAGUCACGGGGGAUCAUCCUCACCAACCGCCAUGUUGUUAAGCCAGGGCCGGUGGUGUCAGAAGCUAUGUUCGUGAACAGAGAAGAAAUUCCGGUGUAUCCAAUUUAUAGAGACCCUGUUCAUGAUUUCGGUUUCUUCCGUUAUGAUCCUUCUGCUAUACAAUUUCUUACCUAUGAAGAAAUUCCUCUCGCUCCUGAGGCUGCAUGUGUUGGGCUUGAGAUUAGGGUUGUCGGAAAUGAUAGUGGAGAAAAGGUGUCUAUUUUGGCAGGCACUAUUGCCCGUUUGGAUAGAGAUGCUCCACACUAUAAAAAGGAUGGCUACAAUGACUUCAAUACAUUCUACAUGCAAGCAGCUUCAGGAACAAAAGGAGGGUCAAGUGGGUCCCCUGUAAUUGACUGGCAAGGUAGAGCAGUUGCCUUGAAUGCUGGGAGUAAAACUUCUAGUGCUUCGGCAUUUUUCUUGCCUUUAGAACGAGUUGUUAGGGCCUUAAGAUUCUUGCAGGAAGGAAGAGACUCAAAUAGUAGUUCAUGGGAGGCAGUCACCAUUCCCCGUGGUACGCUUCAGGCUACAUUUCUCCACAAAGGAUUCGAUGACACACGCCGGCUUGGUCUCAGAAGUGAAACAGAGCAGUUAGUACGUCAUGCUUCUCCUCUUGGGGAAACUGGAAUGCUUGUCGUUGACUCUGUGGUACCAUAUGGUCCAGCCCAUAAGCAUUUAGAGCCAGGUGACGUGCUUAUACGUUUGAAUGGAGAGGUGACCACACAGUUUCUGAAGAUGGAGAGUUUGGUUGAUGACAGUGUCAACCAUAAACUUGAACUUCAGAUUGAAAGGGGAGGCAAACCUUUGACUGUGGAUUUGACGGUUCAGGAUUUGCACUCUGUCACGCCCGACUACUUUCUUGAACUCAGUGGUGCUAUCAUACACCCUCUUUCUUAUCAACAGGCCAGAAACUUCCGUUUUCAGUGUGGUCUUGUCUAUGUUGCGGAACAAGGGUACAUGCUAUUCAGAGCUGGAGUUCCACGGCAUGCUAUUAUUAAGAAGUUUGCUGGUGAAGACAUAUCAAAACUCGAAGACUUCAUUUCUGUGCUAUCUAAGUUAUCAAGAGGUGCAAGAGUACCACUUGAAUAUAUAAGCUACUCUGAUCGCCACAGAAGAAAGUCUGUACUAGUCACAGUUGAUCGCCAUCAGUGGUACGCCCCUCCACAAAUAUAUACUCGUGACGACAGUUCUGGCCUGUGGAUAGUAAAGCCAGUUUUGCCACCAGACUCUCCAUUCUUAUCUCCACAGGUGCCCAGCGAACACGACUUAGCAAGCAAUAGAGUUCCGUCGUGCGCCACUGAGUUGGCACAAAUGGAGCCAGCACAUCAAUGCCCUGUCCAAGAGUCGAUGGAUGGUUUCACUAGUAUGGAAACUAGCUGCGAACAAAUUGAUGAAGGACCGCAUUCUCUAGACGAAACUGAUUCUGGAACCAAGAAAAGGCGCGUGGAGGAGGAAUUAUCCGCUGCUGACGGUGUAUUAUUGCCGGAAUGUUCCUUACAUGAGCCUCGGGAAGAAAGAUUGGAGGACAAUGGAACUGGAACAGAUACAGUUUUGGGAGAUUAUCAAGGUGCGGCAGCUGCUGUUGCAACUAAUGCUUCUGUAGCUGAGCAUGCAAUUGAACCCACCCUUGUCAUGUUAGAGGUUCACGUGCCGUCUUCUUGUAUGCUUGAUGGUGUGCACUCGCAGCAUUUCUUUGGAACCGGUGUUAUUAUAUAUCGCUCUCAAACCAUGGGAUUGGUUGCUGUUGAUAAAAACACGGUUGCAGUGUCCGUUUCUGAUGUGAUGCUGUCUUUUGCUGCCUAUCCAAUUGAAAUUCCUGGCGAGGUUGUAUUUCUUCACCCAGUGCACAAUUUUGCACUUGUUGCAUAUGAUCCUUCUGCUCUUGCUGCUGGUGCUUCUUUAGUUCGAGCUGCUGAACUUCUUCCUGAACCAGCACUGCACCGUGGAGAUUCUGUGUGCCUAGUGGGGUUAAGUAGGAGUCUACAGGCAACCUCCAGGAAAUCUUUUGUCACAAAUCCUUCUGCUGCUCUUAAUAUUGGCUCUGCUGAUUGUCCUAGAUACAGAGCAACCAAUAUGGAAGUAAUCGAGCUUGAUACUGAUUUCGGCAGUACAUUUUCUGGUGUUCUUACGGAUGACCUUGGUAGGGUUCGAGCUAUUUGGGGGAGCUUUUCAACACAGCUCAAGUAUGGUUGUACAUCAUCUGAAGACCAUCAAUUUGUUCGUGGUAUUCCAAUUUACUCAAUAUGCCAGAUCCUCGACAAAAUCAUUUCGGGUGCGGUUGAUCGCACCCUUCUCAUAAAUGGAAUCAAAAGGCCUAUGCCACUUAUCAGAAUAUUAGAGGUCGAACUUUAUCCCACCUUACUCUCCAAAGCUCGUAGUUUUGGUCUGAGCGACUCUUGGAUCCAGGCACUGGUGAAAAAAGAUCCGAUUAGGCGUCAAGUUCUAAGGGUUAAAGGCUGCUUAGCUGGAUCUAAAGCCGAAAAUUUACUAGAACAAGGUGACAUGGUUUUGGCGAUCAAUAAAGCACCAGUAACAUGUUUCCGUGAUAUAGAAGAUGCUUGCCAACAACUAGACCGAUAUAAAGAAAAAAAUGAAAAGCUCGAAUUGACAAUUUUUCGCCAGGGUCGUGAAAUGGAUAUACCGGUGGGGACAGAUGUGAGGGAUGGGAAUGGUACGCCACGUGUCAUAAAUUGGUGUGGUUGUAUAGUACAAGAUCCUCAUUCAGCUGUACGAGCUCUUGGAUUUCUGCCUGAAGAAGGCCACGGUGUAUAUGUUGCAAGGUGGUGUCAUGGGAGUCCAGCUCAUAGAUAUGGUUUAUAUGCUCUUCAAUGGAUUGUGGAAGUAAACGGAAAGCCGACUCCGGAUUUAGAUGCCUUAGUCGCUGUUUCAAAGGAAAUAGAGCACGGUGAAUUUAUUCGUGUGAAAACAAUUCACUUAAACGGGAAGCCUCGAGUACUCUCACUGAAGCAGGAUUUGCACUACUGGCCCACAUGGGAGCUGAGAUUUGAUACCGAAACUGCAAUAUGGCGUCGAAAUACAAUCAAAUCACUCGAUAGUAAGGCUAUGUGAGAUUCAUUUGUGUAAAUCCUUUAUAUAAUUCUUUCUAUUUGGAAAUUUGAAUUCUUCUAAGAAUCGGAAUUCAGCCCUCUCAAACUUGUUAUCGAUUAGUAAUUACUGGUUUAUUGCACUACAGUUCAUAUAUAAUUGCCAAUUUACUUUGACAAUGAUUAAUCCAUUAAAUAUUUGGGAUUA